AUGCCACAUUCAGACUAUAACCUUUCAGGGUCCUCUGCCCCUAUGAAAAAGGAGAACUCUAUCAUUGAAGUAUAUUCGACGGGGGGUUUUCUGACUACGCCUAAAUUGAAUGCAUGGGAGAAGUUUAAAGAUUCAUUCAGGCGCCAAGAAGUCAAUGAAUUGGUAAUUGAGGAUGACAUUUCUGAUGUUGAAAAAGUUGCAAUUUUGACUGCAAACUCGCCCCUUAAGCGUACCCUUAAAAGUAGACAUUUGCAAAUGAUUUCUAUUGGUGGGGCUAUAGGUACUGGGUUGUUUGUUGCAUCAGGAAGUAGGUUACACACUGGUGGACCAGCCGGGGUCCUUAUUGGUUACUCGUUAAUUGGUUCCAUGAUAUAUGCCACAUGUCAAGCAGUAGGUGAGCUUGCAGUCACAUUCCCUGUAUCUGGUGCUUAUCUCACUUUCUGUAGUCGCUUUAUUGACCCUUCUUGGGGUUUUGCAAUUUCUUGGAAUUACGCCAUUGGGUAUUUGAUCGGACUUCCAGUCGAGCUUGUUGCUGCAUCUAUGACAAUUAGUUAUUGGAAUCCAGGUGUCAAUCUGGCAGCUAUUAUUUGCAUCUUUUAUGUUAUUAUUUGCUCGAUUAACUUUUUUGGUGUCAGAGGUUAUGCAGAAGCAGAAUUCGUGUUCUCUAUUAUUAAAGUAGUUGCCGUUGUCGGGUUCAUAAUACUCGGUAUUGUCAUUAUAUGUGGUGGGGGACCUAACCAUGAAUAUCUCGGGGCUCGAUACUAUUACAAUCCAGGCGCCUUUUCAAAUGGCUUCAAAGGUGUAUGUUCCGUUUUUGUUGCAGCAGCAUUCUCAUUUGGAAGUACUGAGAUGGCUGCAUUGGCUGCUGCGGAAACUGAAAAUCCUCGUAAAUCAAUUCCAAAAGCUACCAAACAAGUAUUCUGGAGAAUCCUUUUAUUUUACAUUGUUGCGUUAACAAUAGUUGGUUUGUUAGUUCCUUAUAAUGAUCCAAGAUUACUCUCGGCAACAAAUUUUGCUGAUGUAAAUGCUUCUCCAUUUGUAUUGGCUAUCGUUGACGCAGGUAUUAAAGGUCUACCAUCUGUUUUGAAUGUUGUUAUAUUAAUUGCAGUACUUUCUGUUGGAAAUGCAUGUAUUUAUGCAUCAAGUAGGGCGCUUACUAGUCUUGCACAGUCAAAUCAAGCUCCUAAGUUAUUUGCUUAUAUAGAUAAACAAGGACGCCCAUUGUUCGGAAUCAUUGCUUCAUGCCUUGUUGGUGCCCUUUGUUUCCUUGUUGCCACUGACGACGAUAUGAUAAUUUUUGCUUGGUUGUCCGCUAUAGGUGGGCUUUCGUCAUUAUUUACGUGGGGCUCUAUUUGUUUGUGUCAUAUUCGAUUUAGAUACGCUCUACAAGCUCAAGGAAGAGAUACCACUGAGUUGACUUACAAAGCUCAAGCAGGUGUUUAUGGUUCAUACUACGGAUUUGCGAUUGUUAUUUUGGUACUUAUUGCACAAUUUUGGAUUGCCCUUUACCCCAUUGGAGGAAAACCGAAUGCAAAUGAUUUCUUCAUGGCGUAUCUUUCCUUUCCAAUCAUAUUCACUUUUUAUGGUUCUCAUAAAAUUUGGACAAAAAAUUGGAGAUUGUAUAUAAGAGGGAAGGAUAUUGAUAUUGAUACAGGGAGACAAAUGAAGGAUUUAGACCUAUUGAAACAAGAAAUUGAAGAAGAAAGAAAUCUUAUUGCAAGCAAACCUUUUGUAUAUAGAGUGUGGAAUUUCUGGUGUUAA